AUGAGGUUUUCCAACGUCAUCACCGUGGCCUUCAUGGCCACUUCGGCCGUCUCAUUCCCGCUCAGCCCAGCUGGCUUGGCUCUCGCUCCUCGUGAAGGCCUUGACAGCCUCAUGCGCCGCAAUGCGGAGCCUCAGAAGCUCAAGGUUGAUAAGCGCGAACCUCAGAAGCUCAAGGUCGACAAACGGGAGCCUCAGAAGCUUAAAGUCGACAAGCGCGACCCAGAGCCUCAGAAAUUGAAGGUUGAUAAGCGUGAGCCUCAGAAACUGAAGGUCGACAAGCGUGAGCCCCAGAAGCUGAAGGUUGACAAGCGUGACCCAGAGCCUCAGAAGCUCAAAGUCGAUAAGCGCGAGCCCCAGAAGUUGAAGGUUGACAAGCGCGAGCCCCAAAAGCUCAAGGUCGAUAAGCGGGAGCCCGAGGCUGAGCCACAGAAGCUCAAGGUCGACAAGCGCGAGCCUGAACCCCAGAAGUUGAAGGUCGACAAGCGGGAGCCCGAGGCUGAGCCGCAAAAGCUCAAGGUCGACAAACGUGAGCCUGAGGCUGAGCCCCAGAAGUUGAAGUUCGACAAGCGCGAGCCCCAGAAGCUCAAGGUUGACAAGCGCGAGCCUCAAAAGCUCAAGGUUGACAAGCGUGAGCCUCAGAAGCUCAAGGUCGACUAAAUACCUUACCAUUCAGGAGGUACUCUGUAUCCCACUAGAACCACGACCUGUCAAGUGGGGGCUAUUGCAACGAGUUACGAAUCAAGGGACUAUGGAUUAAGGGACUACAG